AUGCAAGUUCAGAUGAGAAGAAAAGCGACUCCGAAAGAGAUGCAACAAGGUCAAGAAGAGAUGAGGUUAGCACAAGAAAGGUUUGAGAAAGAGGCGAAUGAAGGAGGUGAACUGCCCUUAGAAGAUGUUCAAGGUGAUGGAAAGGUAGAGGAAGUAGAGAAGGUGAAGCUGGAAGGUGCCCCAAAAAGUCUCCCAACAAAAGAAAGAGAUGAGGAAGGUAAGACCAGUCCUUUGCCACCACGAACUUCCCCUGCCGCCAUCACACCCGCCGAGCCAGGGUCAGCAUCCUCUCUCGCUGCUCAGCCUAGGAGCGCGAAUCCUCAGAAAGAACGAAGUGAGUCAGCAUCCUCUCUCGCUGCUCAGCCUAGGAGCGCGAAUCCUCAGAAAGAACGAAGUGAGUCAGCAUCCUCUCUCGCUGCUCAGCCUAGGAGCGCGAAUCCUCAGAAAGAACGAAGUGAGAAGUCUUCUGCUGGUCUUACCGCGAUGGCAAUGACACCUGGAGUAGUUGACAUGAACAAGAAAGUGGAGGAGAUGACCCCGCUUCAAAACUCAGCCGGGGUUCCAAAUCAGGGAUCAGCCACUCCGGAUGUCAUGCACACACCUUUGUUCACCGAAGAGCAAGUUAGAGACAUGGUCAUGCUGCAGAGUAGGACACCAUGGUUGUACGGAGAUCAACCAGCCCGGUCCUUUUUUCCAGCUUUUAGGAGACCUUCGUUUUUGGAAGCCGAAGAAGCCAGAAUGUCGGCUGAAUCUCAUGAGAUGUCCACCAUGAGGGCAUAUAUGAAGGAAUUGAUAAAUCAGAAUGAGGAAUUGAAACACAGGAUUCAUGCGUUGGAAACAGGGUUUGCUGUUCCCGAAGUUGAUUUGUCUUUUUCCACGCCAAAUGGAAGAGGAGAACGUCCAUCAGCCGAGACAGGAGCUGCUGGAUUUACAGAAAAGUCACUUGAGUUUAUGUGUCUGAUGAUGGAAAAUAUGAAAGAGCUGCAGCGCAAGUAUCAAGAAGACCGAGAAGAAGGAGGAUCAAUCAGAGGGAUUGAGGUAGUUCGAUCUGGUGCUCAAGAAUUACCUCCUUUGCCUGCUUGGUCGUCGAAUCAAUCGCCACUUCAAUUGAGCGAUUGGCUGCUGCUCAUCGAACCGGUGGUUUCAGAUUUGACUGCAACUGCUGAAACCUGGUGGAAGACCCUUCUCAAAGAGGCCGAGGGUUGGUAUCAGUCUCAUAUGAAGAUGUCACCUCUUGAACGUCUCCAACAUGGACAUGGAACUCCACCUUCUUUGACACAGGAAAAAUGGCAGCGAUUGGAGCGACGCAUGUCCACGAUGAUGCUUCAAGCGAUGCCUGAACAAGUUCGUGAAGAGCUUGUGUCCACCAGAAGGAUGAGUGUGUUCUCCAUCAUCACACACCUCUAUGUGAUCUACUGUCCAGGUGGUAUCUCCGAAAAACAGAACCUCCUGAAAAACCUUGAGGAUCCUGCGGAAGUCCAAACAUUGGGAGAUGCUCCAAUGGCUUUGAGAAAGUGGAUCAGGUGGCGUCAGAGGGCCACCGAAAUCGGAGCGAUCACGCCUGAUCCUGCUCUUCUUGUUCGUGGGCUUUUGAGGAUGACAAAGAAGGUUUUGGAAACAAAUCGAGAACUACAAUUUCGAGUGUCGCUUGCACGUCAUGGGUUAGGCAUAGAUACGGUGCCGACCUUGGAGAGUGUGACGCAGUUUGCAAUGCACCUCCUCUCUGAGUGCGAGCAGUUGUCGCAAAUGGAGAAGAAGACCGUCCCCAACAACGCCAAGAAGGUUGUCAAGUGCAAGUUCUACCUGACUCCAGAAGGCUGCAGAAAGGGCCGUGAUUGCAAGUUCUCUCACACUGAAAAGACGGAAAAAGGCGAUGCUACGUCUGUGGGAACAGGUGAGGGAUCGCCUCCGAAGCAGAAGGGCGCAAAAGUUGAAGAAGGAGUGAAGACAGGUGAAGUAAAGACAGGUGAGGAGACAAAGGAAGAGUCUGAGACGAUGAAGGGGCUGAUUGAAGAAGCCAACAAGAUGCUCAGAUCACUCACAUCUCACUCGACUUCAUCUCCCAAUUCCUCUUCGGCAUCAAACAGAGAUGAAGACAGCCGAAGUGAAAUGCUGUCACGCCUUCAGGCUCAGCUCAAUUCCCUGAAGGUCUUCAAGCUUGGGCGCAUUGGCGCUGGUCUGGGUCGAGGUCUCAUUGACAGUGGGGCCACUCAUGCGUUGCGUCCAUCAAGAGAAGAAGAGGACACCCACAAGUUGAAAGAAGUUUCUGUCACUUUGGCAGAUGGCAAGUCCAUUCAGUUGCACAUGUCCCCAGGUGGCUCCAUGAUCACCUCAGACCAGAACAUUGAGCCGAUUGUGCCUAUGGGUUCUUUGAUCGAUGCCCUAGGCUGUGUGGUGUCGUGGUCGAAGGGAGCUCUUCAAGUCCAACAUCCAAUCCGAGGUCUUUUACCAGUUGAAGACUGUGGAGGUUGUCCACAGAUUCCAAGGAAGUUGGCAUUGGAGCUAAUCUCUGAGAUCGAAGACUGCAACAAAGGCGUCUCAUUGAAUCGCCUAGACAUAGAAGAAGAGCUUGGAUGGAUGAGAAGGCUUCUACAAGCUCACCCAGUUUUGUCUCGUCUUCCUGACUGGCUCCAAAAGAAGCUUGUGGUCCAGCCGGGAGAAUGGGAAUCUUUGCCUUUGAAUCGACGUCAGCGACGAACGUUGAAAACUGAGGGAUUUGCACUGCACUUGUACUCUGGAGAGGACUCAGGUCACACACUUCAGCGAUCUAUGAGGUGUCAAGGCAGUAAGACAAGGAGGCUUUUGGAAGUGGAUGUAAAGAAGGGGCAAGCGUAUGACAUGCUUGCUGACGAAGGGAUCUAUGCCACUCUCUUGCGAGCUGCGCUUUCAGGAAAGAUUCUGGCUGUCUUGGGUGGCCCGAACUGCAGAAGUCGAAGUGUGCUCCGACAUCGACCAAUUGAAGGCCAACCAUGGGCCCCCCGUCCAGUGCGUUGCUGGGAGGGAGGGGAAUUUGGAGCACACUGGAUCAACAAGAAAGAAGAAAAGAUGAUUCAAGAAGAUGACACUCUUCUUUGGCGAAUGAUUUUCUUGUACAUGAUUUCAGAGUAUGUCCGCAAGGCACAGUUGCGACCAGAUCCUGUUCACUUUGCGUUGGAACAACCUGCAUCUCCAAAGACUUAUCAACCUGCAGCUGUGUCGUUUUGGGACACCACUGAGUGGCAUGAUUUGAGAAAGGAGUUUCAGUUGAAGGAGGUCACUUUCAAUCAGGGAUGUCUUGGAGGUAUGGCAACAAAACCCACCACUUUGGGCACUACGUUUGAUUUGUGCUUGGAGGAUCACAAGAUGGGUCCUCUUCUACCUGCGCAACCUGUGGAAAGCUCAAAACAGUUGGAAAGAUGGGCACCUGGACUGAUGAACGCUGUCAGCGAAGCGGUCAUAACUCAGGUGUUCAAGGGGACACCGCAACUCAGGGCUCUCACCUAUGAAGAGCAUGUUGCUUUUGGUCAUGUUCCAUAUCGCCGUGACUGUCCUGUUUGCCUGCAAUCCUCCCAACAGAUCUUUCCUCAUCGACGAAACAAACAUCCACAAACAGGAGUUCUUGCUCUUGACACAUGUGGGCCUCUUUUACCAUCAAGCGAUGUUGGUGGCUGGAAGUGUCGAUAUUUUUUGGCUGGUGCUUACACAUACAUGGUUCCAAAGGGCACAGAAAAGAUGAUAGGUCAACCCGAAGAAGAAGGUGGUCUUGAAGAGGCACCAGUGCUUGAUCUUUUUGCCGAGGAGCCUGAAGGUGAUGAUCAGGAAGCUGAUGAACAGCCUCCUGAUGGCCUCUUGCCAAGAGGUGCAGAACUUCCUGAGGAGUCAAAGAAGGCGAGGGAAGUCACAAGAGUAGCGAUGGAGAUGGUUCUCAAACUGAAGAUUGAUGGAUAUCAUGUGAAUCGUAUCCACAGCGAUAGAGGCCACGAAUUCCUUGGGCUGGAUAAGAAGCCAGAGUUCCCCCGCUUUCUUCAAGAAGUCUUGGUGAGGAGGAGGAGGUGGAAGAAACAGGCGUUUGAGCCUAUGGUGGAAGUUGCAAGAUACCUCGGACCUGCACCCGAGGACAAUGGCCAUUGGAUCAAGGUGAACGAUGAAGCACCGAGAGUCACUCGAUGCUACAUGCAGAAAGCCAUAGAACGACCUGAAGAAGGAACUACAGUGCGUAGGUUGAAAAUGGAGGAGAAAGAAGAAGGUGAGGAUGAGGCUGUGAGAUUGGCAAAGAUGAGGAACAGGUUUACAAGAAUGGUCGAGGAGGAGACUAAGGCGAUGUUGGAUGAUUCUCCUGAAAUGAUCACAGAAGAGAUUGACAUCUUGGCCAAGCUCAAAAAGAUGCUUGACUCUCAAGAGAAGGGCGAAGAUGAUGAAGUCCUCCAAACGAAAAUCAUCUCCCUUCUUGAGGUCUCAAAGAACUGGAAUGAUUGGCUUCCGGCAGUGGAUGCUGAAGUCACGUCACUGUUAGAAGAGAAGGAAGCCUUCGAGGAGGUAAGUGGAGAAAGGUUGGAGGAGCUCUUGAAGGAUGCAGAAAAAAGGGGCAUACCAGUGGAGUUUCUCCCAUCAAAGUUGGUCUGCACAAAGAAGCCAGGAAAAAGAGGUGGCCGCAACAAGAUUCGAUGGGUCAUCUGUGGAAACUUCGAGCAGGUCAAAGAGGGAGAGAACACGUUUAGCUCUGGUGCAGAUGCCUCUGCACUGCGCCUUCUGAUCGUUGCGGCAUCAAAAUUCCAAUGGGAGGCUGGGACCAUUGACAUCAAAACAGCCUUCCUGAAUGCCACCAUGUGCCCUGAAGACCAGCCAAGCUUGUUGCUGGUCAAACCUCCUAUGCUGCUUUUGGAAAAGAAGUACAUGAAGCCAGGAACAUACUACAUGCCCAAGCGCGCGGUCUAUGGACUUCGCCGAUCACCAAAGCUCUGGGGUGAUUGCAGAGAUGAUGAAUUGGAAGUCAUGAAACUGGAAGUGGAGGAGGAAGAAGGUCAGAUGACAUCACUCCGACUCUGCCCUCUGGCAUCAGAGCCAAACUUGUGGAGGAUUGAAGCUGAGGAGAGGGAAGCUGAGUCUGACACUCAGUCGAACUUUGUGGUAGAUGCCGUCAUGGAAAAGAUCAGAACUAUCUGGACCACCUCAGAACCAGAUCAAGUAGGAGAAAAGCCUAUACGAUUCCUAGGCGUCGAGAUCUCAAAGACCUUUGAUGUCACCAAGAAUCGCGACGUUUGGUAUGUCAACCAACAGUCCUACAUCAAGGACCUUCUUGCGCAAGAUCAAGAAGCUCCAGACAGAAAGAUCCCAAUCACAAAAGAUCAGAGUCAACUUCCAGAGGAAGAAGGAAGAACACCAGAGCUGAUUCGUUCAGCUCAGAAAGCCACCGGUGAGAUGCUCUGGCUGGUGACACGCACCCGCUUGGACCUCAUGUAUGCCGCCCCUCAGAAGGUCCUCCAGAUCUACCAGCAGAUCAAGGGGUAUCUCAAAAGCACUAUGGAUGAAGGCAUCUGCUUUGAUGCUGCUGGAGCAGAGACCUUGAUGAUUGAGGCCAUGUCAGACGCCAGUUUUGCACCUGAAGGAGAUGUCAGCCACGGAGCCUUCAUCAUCAUGGUAGCUUCUUGCCCUGUUUUUUGGCGAAGUGGUCGUCAAAGUUUUGUGACGCUCAGCACAGCAGAAGCGGAGAUGAUGGAGAUUGUGGAGAGCAUGGUGGCUGGAGAAUCAAUUGGUGCCAUAGCUGAUGAGCUGUUUGGCCCUCUGCAGCGAAAAUCUUGGACAGACUCUCAGUCUGCCCAAUCAAUUUUGACCACUGACGGAGGAUCAUGGCGCACACGUCAUUUGCGACUGAGAGCAUCAGCUGCCAGGAGUUCAAUCUUGCAGGGCACCUGGUUUCUUCAACAUGUCGCGGGAAAUCAAAUGAUCGCUGACAUUGGCACCAAGCCAUUAGCUUCAGAAAGAAUCAGGUACUUGAAGAAGGAGAUGAACCUGGUUCAAGUACCACAACCGAAAGAGCAUGAGAAGAAAGAAGAGAAGGUUUUUGAAGAAAAAGGAGAAGGCGUAGGCAUUCAGAAAGCAGCAGCAGCAUUGAAGCUGCUCACAUUGGGUGCUGCGAUCUCAGCUGCCAAAGGAGAACAUGAAGAAACAGAAAAAGAAGAUCAGGAAAAUUCAACCCUCGAGCUCAAAGUCAUGAUGGUCGUUUUUGCGUUGAUCAUCGUGCUUCUCACGAUCGUGAGCCAGCAUUUGUGGAAGGUAGGAGUAAGGAGGCUGGAAAUGUCUUGGUCAAACCAAGCUGGAUCGUCUUCCCGAAGUCUCCCUGCAGGUGCUGCUGCUCAAAGAGAAGAAGAAGAAAAGGAAAAUGGUGGUGAAGGGAUGGCCGCUGUGGCAGGACAACUGUCACAGCGACCCACGUACCUCCCACCAGGCGAAGGGUCUUCUUCGCCACUUGAAGAUUCAACCUCUUCAUCAGAGGACACUCCGUAUCGUCCAUUAGAUGAGCGCCACAUCCCUGGGUUCGACUUGGAUCGAGUCAUGCAGGAGAUAGCAGAUGAAGAAACCAACCUCUACGAGGAAGCACAGAGAAAUCCAGAAAGAUUCCAGAACUAUGAGAACAGCGAGGAAAGAGCUAGAGCAGCUUUCCAAGUUUUGACCACUCGGUAUGGCCGAGUUUAUCACUAUCAGAGCCAGUGCAGGUACCUGUCGUCUGUCCAGACAGGAGCCAAUCGAGAAUCUGCCUGGUGUCGCAUUUGCUGGGCCAUUACCGCUCAAACGCGUGGACCCCCACCACCAGGAGUUCCACUUUGGAUUGAUCACUGGGGUGGAGAUUAUCACGUGGAUUCAAGAUGCCCACGCUGCGAUCCAGAAAAGAUGUUUCCAGCAUGCCCAGGAUGUGGUGAGAGCGCAGGUUAGAUCUUUUUCCUUUUAUUUGCACAAUAGAAGCAGCUUGAGCCUGAAUCUUGGGAUGACCUCACGAUAUCCCAAGGGAGGAGUGCAGAAUGCAUUCCAUUUUGACCAUACCUGUCAGGCAUUUUGACUUGCUGCAGAUUUCACAUUUGCCGAUUUUCUGUAGCUGCUUUUUCUAACUCAAGC